AUGGGGAGCUUGAGAAGAAGCUUGAUCAGCCUGCACCGAGCCCUCAAAUCCUGCAAUUCAAUCUCGCCCACUGAAACCCUUCUCAGGCCUCAAUAUGGGUAUGGUUUGGUUCAGCGUUCUUAUUCCAUCAGCACCACCAGCAAUCUCGAUAUCGACCUCUCGAACCAGGAGAGCAAGAGGCGCUUGUUUAAUAGACUAAUAUAUAGGAGCAAGCAGAGAGGGUUCUUGGAGCUGGAUUUGGUUCUGGGCAAAUGGGUGGAGGAGCAUAUCCAUUCCAUGGAUGAAAAUGGAAUUAAAUCUCUUGUGGACGUCCUUGACCUGGAAAACCCAGAUCUGUGGAAGUGGUUAAUUGGCCAGGAGCAACCCCCUGAGGCACUCAAGACUAAUCCUGUUUUUACUGCAGUACGCAACAAGGUCUUGAACAACCUGAACAGCUACGCUGCUCCUGAGACACGGGCAACGCCUGGACAGCCAUGGGUUAGAGGAUGGGAUGAUAUAAAGAAGGGCCAGGGCGGCCCUAUAACCGGGAACCAGUAG